UGGGAGUUCAUCAGAGUGGAGCCGCACAACGAGCUCGAGCCUCUGAAGCACCAACGUCCCGCAACGCCGCUCUGUCCUCCUGUUGUCCCUUUAACUAGAUAAAUAACAAACUACAGCUUACCAACAACUGACUGAAACAGCAGCCAUGAAGGAGCAGACACGUUUCGUGCUUUGGCUGCAACUUUUAACAGCUUGUGUGGUGUUUGGAGUGAACGGUGAUUACUGUGAGGUGAAUGUGUGCAGUAAUGGUGGCACCUGUGUGACCGGAGCAGGAGCUCCAUUCAUCUGUAUCUGCCCUGAUGGCUUCUCUGGAGAAACCUGCAAUGAGACGGAGACUGGGCCCUGCAACCCAAACCCGUGCAAGAAUGAUGCCAUCUGCGAGGUGACAGGCCAAUCCCGCCGAGGUGAUGUCUUCAGCGAAUACGUCUGCAAGUGCCAGCCGGGCUUUGACGGAGUCCACUGCCAGAACAGUGUCGAAGGGGCAGAUUUAAGUUCAUUACAAGACGUGAAUGACUGUGCCGCCCAGCCAUGUGAGAACGGCGGCGCCUGCAGGGACCUGGAGGGAGAUUUCAAAUGCCACUGCCCGUCCCCGUAUGUGGGCAAACGCUGCCAACUGCGCUGUAUUUCUCUGCUCGGCCUGGAGGGAGGGGGCAUAGCUGAGUCCCAGAUCUCAGCCUCAUCGGUCCGUUACAGCAUGCUGGGCCUGCAGCGCUGGGGACCUGAGCUCGCCCGCCUUCACAACAAGGGACUGGUUAACGCCUGGAGUGCCGCUGCACAUGACAGGAACCCAUGGAUAGAGAUCAACAUGCAAAGAAAGAUGCGCUUUACAGGUAUCGUGAUGCAGGGUGCCAGUCGUAUUGGAACAGCCGAGUUCAUUAAGGCCUUCAAGGUGGCCUCCAGCCUGGACGGCAAGACGUACACCUUGUACAGAACAGACGGACAGAGGAAGGACAAUGUAUUUGUUGGAAACGUGGACAACGACGGCACCAAGACCAACCUGUUUGACCCCCCCAUCAUUGCCCAGUACAUCCGCAUUAUCCCUGUGGUGUGUCGCAAGGCCUGCACCAUGCGCAUGGAGCUGGUGGGAUGCGAACUCAACGUGUAUUCAAACACUUUAGGUUGUUCAGAGCCGAUGGGCAUGAAGUCCCGGUUGGUGUCUGACCGCCAGAUCACGUCCUCCAGCACCUUCCGCACCUGGGGCAUCGAGGCCUUCACUUGGCACCCUCACUAUGCCCGGCUGGACAAACAGGGCAAGACCAACGCCUGGACCGCCGCCACCAACAACCAAUCAGAGUGGCUGCAGGUGGACCUGGGCUCUACCAAGAAGGUCACAGGAGUCAUCACACAGGGGGCCAAAGACUUUGGCAACAUCCAGUUUGUCACAGCCUUCAAAGUAGCUUACAGUGAUGACAGACAGUCCUGGACCAUCAUGAAGGACAAGACCACAGGGACGGACAAGAUCCUCCAAGGCAACAGUGACAACAACGUUCACAAAAAGAACAUCUUCGAGCCGGCGUUCUACGGCCGGUACGUCCGCAUCCUGCCGUGGGAGUGGCACGAGCGCAUUACCCUGCGAAUGGAGCUCCUGGGCUGUGAAGAGUAGCGGCGUCCUGGUACCCUCCUCCUCCUCCUCCUCCUUUCUCUACCUCCUUCCCUCCUCCUCUUCCCUCCCUCCCUCCCUCCCUCCCUCCCUCCCUCCUGAGCCACACCUGCACUGCCUUGCUCUCAGCCCUAGGGGGCAGCAAACACCAGAGUAGCACACCACCACCACCCCGACCCUGGCUGGUUGAAGGUGGGAGAUGUUACCCUUAACCACUGUUACCAGGGCCUUUUGGUCGUUUCUUGAGGUGAUCGCUCUUCUUUUCCACCUGAACCAAAUCUGUGAUCAUUUCAAGAAACGGCCGCAUAUCUUCUUUGUCACUGAGCAGAGCUGGGGUCAGAUUUUUUAUCCCACCUACCGGCUAAAUCAAAGGUGGUGACUCCCUCAUACCUGCGUCUGAGGUCAGGGGUAACAGGACUGCUGCUGUAUCAGUUGGUGCUGCCUAGACUCUGAUCCUAGAUCAGUUCUACCUGGAACAUUGAACCUCCAAGACCCACGGCUGGUGAUGUACAUAAGCUCCACUCGACAGCUUGCUCACGUCCUUUAACCGAAUACUUCACUUCCCCUCAAGACACACAGAAUAUAAAUUAUCUUCAGAGGACACA